AUGAGUGACCAUUUGAAAGAAAAUAUUUGUAGGCAUCUCGCAUCUCUUGAAAACGCGCUCCUGCGCUACUUUCCUCAUCUGACAGAGGGAGAAUGUGCACUGGUACGCGAUCCGUUCUCUACUUCCCUUCAUGUAGCCAACACUUCCGAUGAUGUACAAGAUGAAUGCUUGGAUAUGCAGUACAAUUACAUGUCACGGGAU